AUGGAUGCCCAAAGCCGGAAGCCUCUCAAGGUCCACCUGGUCUCCUCCGGCGACUCGCCCGAGUUCGCUCUUCUGAAUCAGGCAUUGACUCGGACGUCACUCGUCGGACUCGACGCAGAGUGGAAGCCCAUUCGAGCGCACCAAACAUCCUUCCCCACUGUUUCCCUUCUUCAAAUCGCCUGCCAACUCAACUCUGGGCUUGGAGACGUUGGGUCCGGAGACUCGGUGGUUUUUCUGCUGGACCUGUUCUCAAUUCCUUUGUCCUUGCUAUGGGAAUCGCUGAGGAAUUUACUUGCCUCUCCUGAUAUCUUGAAGCUAGGAUUCAGGUUUAAGCAGGAUUUAAUAUAUCUCUCCUCCACUUUCUGUUCCCAAGGCUGCGAUCCUGGUUUUGAUGAGGUUGAUCCAUAUGUGGAUAUUGCUAGCGUAUACAAUCACCUGCAGCAUAAGAAACAUGGGAGGAGCAUAUCAAAACAAAUUAAAAGUUUAUCAACUAUUUGUGGAGAAGUAUUGGGCUUUCCUCUCUCAAAGGAACUUCAAUGUAGUGAUUGGUCGUGUCGUCCUCUUACAGAAGAACAGAUAACAUAUGCAGCCUUGGAUGCUCAUUGCUUGCUUGAAAUAUUCAAUGUCUUCAGGGAAAAGAUUUUGAAAGAAGGCAACUCUCUUGCUAACACAGCUGAAUUGUCUAAUCCUAGUGCGGCUCUUGGGUUGAAAGAGGUUUUCAGACAGCAUGAUGUGAGUAACAAGAUUGUAAAACUGAGGUUUUGUGAAGCUUCGAGCAUUGUCCAGGCUUCUGCUUAUUCUGAUGUUACUCGGAUAACAACUGUACCAGGGGGAACAAUUCCAAAAGCAUCAUAUAAAAGUACCAUGCCAAUGGAAGAAAUUUUGUUGAAAAUUGUGAAAAAAUAUGGUGAGAGGAUUCUGCUUAGGGAGUCUGACAAAAUGCCAAAGACCUCAAAGAAAAAGGCAAAAAAGCGGUCAUCUACUAAUGGGAUUUGCAAAGGAAAGCAGUUAGAGAAAUUUGAUGAGUGGCAAGGGGUCUCUCCUUGGGAUCUAUCAGUUGGAGGAGAUGGAUGUCCAAGGUUUCUUUGUGAUGUCAUGGUUGAAGGCUUGGCAAAACAUUUACGGUGUGUUGGGAUAGAUGCAGCAAUUCCAAAUUCAAAGAAACCUGAACCAAGGGAGUUGAUAGAGCAAGCACGCAAAGACAAAAGAGUGUUGUUGACACGAGAUGCCAAGUUGCUAAGACAUGGAUAUCUGAUAAAAAAUCAAAUAUAUAAAGUGAGGAGUCUUCUGAAAAAUGAACAGCUACUUGAGGUCAUCGAAACUUUUCAACUGAAAAUUAGUGAGGAUCAGCUGAUGUCAAGGUGCACAAAGUGCAAUGGGAGAUUUAUUCAGAAGCCACUGAGCACUGAAGAGGCUAUUCAAGCCGCCAAGGGUUUUCAAAGAAUUCCUUCUUGCCUAUUUAACAAGAAUUUAGAGUUUUGGCAGUGUAUGGACUGUCACCAACUUUAUUGGGAGGGAACCCAAUACCAUAAUGCAGUACAGAAGUUCAUUGACGUUUGCAAGUUGAGUGACUAAUUGGAACAUCAUCGCGGAUAUGCACUUGAGUGAUGCUGUCAUCAUCGCAUGACUCCUUUGACGGCAAAUGUUGUUUUCUUGAAUAUAUUUGUCUCAGUUUAUUCAUGUAAUAUAUAUGUAAAUCUUAUAUUCUACAUCAAGUUGGAUCACGGAUUGGCCCACUUUCGAUGUUGCGUAUUCUUCUGAGUGGAAGCUUUCAUUUCAAUGGGGAAAAGCUGUAUGCCAAAGUAGGAAAUCUUAAAAUAUGCUGCAGCGUUCGCAUGCGCUUCUUUGUGUAGUGAUGAAAAUCUCUGUCCGAAUCAUAAAAUCAAUUUCAUGGGAUUGCGUCGACUUA